AUGCAUCCCAUCUCUCUCCUAUAUACAGCCCUGCUACUACUAGUAACUACAACUACCGCUGCCACUUUCCCCGCCAUCAACCUCGACACUGCCACCCACCGCCCAACCUCCACCAACACGACCGUCUCAGGCCUCACCAUCACCCUCUACAACAACAUCCGCUUCGCCCAACCCCCGACAGGUCCCCGCCGCUUCCGCAAGCCGCAGACCCCGCCGCCUCACCAGUCCGGCAUCCAGGAUGGCCGCCACCGCCUCUUCUCGUCGGACUGCGUCAGCACGGCUCCCGCGUCGGUCCCGUUCCCGGAACUCAACGGCACCACCUGGGGACAGGAGGACUGUCUCUUUUUGAAUGUGUGGGUGCCCGAGGGCGUGCGGCCCGGUGAUGGCGUGCCGGUGGUGCAUUGGCUGUAUGGCAGUGCAAUGGGUUUGUAUGGCUGGGCAUCUUCGACUCACGAAGAUAUGGAUGCCAAUGUGGGAUUGCAUGAUGGCCUGGCGGCUCUGCGCUGGACUCGCAAGUAUAUCUCGCGCUUUGGCGGGAAUCCAGAUGAUAUUACGGCUAUGGGAGAGAGUGCUGGGGCGGCGAUGAUUACGCUGAUGCUGGUGGCCGAGGAGGGGAAGAUAUUUCUGCCGUUCCAGAAGGCAUUCAUCUCAUCUCCGGCCAUGCUGCCCCGGCGAAAUGUCACCACGAGGCGCGAGAACGUCUACAAGCAAGUCCUCAAGAGCGCCAACUGCACCUCGCUCGACUGCCUCCGCCACACCUCGCCCCGCACACUGGCAGCUGCUAACAAACAUCUGCUGAGUGACAUGCCUAGUGGCAGUGGCGGCGGGACAUUCGGCCCGGGCAUCGGGCUGGGACCAUUCCCAGAUGGCGAGUACAUCACGGACGCAAGCAUGGUUUUGUUUCGGCACGGCAAAUUCAACCCACAGGUUCGGGCAGUGAUUGUCGGGAACACGGCCGACGAGGGACUGGCCACGACGCCCGACAUCAGAUCGCCGGCUGAGUUUGCCAAGCUCGUGCGCAUGGCCCUCCCCGGAGCUAAUGACUCGAGCGUGCAGACGAUCCGGGAGAUGUACCCGUAUCCAGAUUCGUGGAUCGAUCGCGUUGCUCAGGACUGGACGACGGAUAGUACGCAUGCGUGCAAUGCGCGGGCCAUUGCCCGGGCCUACGCGGAGAAGGCACAGCGAUAUGUGUUUUCGGUUCCUCCGGCGACUCAUUUUCUGGAUAUCAAUUACUUUUUCUUCAAGGACAAUACCUCGACCCCGGUGGUCAAUGUCUCCCUGGCCCAUCAAUUCCAGUCAGAACUACUAUCGUUCCUGCAUCAGCCGGCGGGUAAAGGGAGUGCAAAGUGGCCACUGUAUGGGGACACAGCGAAAACUGCGAAUGUCACAGCAAAUGGACUGCCAACAACCAAGGAUCCUUGGGCCACCCGCCCAAAAUGCGAGAAAAUCCUGCGGAUAAUCGAAGACACAGCCACCGGGGCGUGA